AUGGUUAGCUGGUUGCUAUUUGUUGUAAUAUUGAAUGUUAUACAAUCCAGUUUAUCAAUCAGCUCUUUAUCAUAUCAUCCGGAUUACAGUAAAUUGUCCACUCCUAAUUUUAUAAUCAUAAUUGGUGCAUUAAUAAAUUUAACGAUUACACUACUCGUAAUUAUAAUUCUGUUUAUAACGAGGCCAAAAGCAAUAAUGGAAGAGGAAGAUGAACAAAUUUUACAAAUUUCAUUAAAGAAAAAACAAUUGGAUAAAUUAUCACUUGUGGAAAAAACUCAAGAAUCAGAAAAUGUUUGGGAAUUCUUUUCAAUUCAAAUGAGUGCUACUUCAACAGAUUCUAAAACUGCCGAAGAACCAACUUCUACAUAUAUUAUUGAUAACGAUGAUUAUUUCAAAGCUAUGCCAGAAUUACCAUCAUAUAUGACACAUAUCGAAGGAGGACAACCGAUUGUGUUUCAUUUUGUGGAAAACAAACCGGAAAAAGCUAUUUUACCGGUUUAUAUUAUGAAGGAUGAAUUAAUGCCACCAACAACAUAUUUAAAAUCCUCUAGAUCAGAAGUGGAGAAAUCAGGAGGACCGUUAACAAAAAUUAAUGAGAUAAGGACUGCCCGAAGUUUAUCUGCUGAAAAAGGUUCAGUGAUGACAGCACCAUCCAUCACCAAAGAUAUUGAUAUCGGAAAGUAUACGGCACAGACGAAAUCAUUAACUGUUAAUGCAAGAGAGGAAUCUGAAACAGCAGCAGCUAGCUUAACCAAAUCUAUCGAUAAAGAAAAUAAAGCAACUGGAAACUCACCAUCGUCACCAAAAUCAUCAUCAUCAACAUCAUCACCAACGACAAGUACUGAAUGA